CUCUGAACUAUUUAACGCGUCUUAAUUCACUGUUCAUUCUCAUCAACCAAGUCUCUAUCAAAUAAUCAACAAUGGCACCAAAAUCAGCAGAAAAGAAGCCAGUUUCAACCGCCGGUAAGGCUCCAGCCUCAGCUACCAAGCAACCACAAGAAGGUGGUAAGAAGACCGCAAAGGCCCCAAAGCCAGACAGUGAUAAGAAGAAGUCAAACAAGUCACGUAAAGAAACCUACUCUUCAUACAUUUACAAGGUCUUGAAGCAAGUUCACCCAGAUACCGGUAUUUCAAACAAGGCUAUGAGCGUUCUUAACUCAUUCGUCAAUGACCUUUUCGAGAGAAUCGCCUCAGAAGCAUCAAAGCUUGCCUCAUACAACAAGAAAUCAACCAUUUCAUCACGUGAAAUCCAAACUUCUGUUCGUCUUAUCCUCCCUGGUGAACUUUCAAAGCACGCCAUUUCAGAAGGAACCAAGUCUGUCACCAAGUUCUCAAGCUCAAAGGCUUAGAUUUAGUCAUUUUCACUUUAUUUAUUUGUUGUACGAGUAAUAAAAACUUGCAUUUUCUUCCUUUGAUAAAU